AUUCGGCGGCCGGGAGGGAGUUGUCGGCGCCGCGGCCGCUGCGGACGGACUCCCGCCUGCUGGCUGAGAGCCUCCUGAGAUUCUGCUUUGGCACCUCCAGCGUUUGGCCUCUGCUCAGAAUUCCAGAGCUAGAAGCGAAUCUUCCACUCUACACUGCCAUGCAGUAGAUGCUCAAGAAGUGUUUGUUCCUGUCCUGAAUUCCCUGUCUCAGAGAAAGAAGCACCUAACGAAACACAGUAAUAACAAGGAUUAUUCAGUAUGCAGUCGGCAGGAUGUCCAUGGCGACAUUGAAAAUGAAUUCCUUAUUUUCACCAGAUAUAUGAGAAGAUCCAUUUUAAACAGUCUAAAUAUUUUUUCUUCCGUUGGACCAGCAUGGCAGGAUUCAAGCGAGGGUAUGAUGGGAAGAUUGCUGGAUUGUAUGAUCUGGAUAAAACCUUGGGUCGAGGUCAUUUUGCAGUGGUUAAACUUGCCAGGCAUGUCUUUACAGGUGAAAAAGUGGCAGUAAAAGUUAUUGACAAGACAAAAUUGGACAGUCUAGCCACUGGUCAUCUUUUCCAAGAAGUGAGAUGCAUGAAACUAGUGCAGCAUCCCAACAUUGUACGCCUUUAUGAAGUUAUUGACACCCAGACCAAACUAUAUCUUAUUCUAGAACUUGGAGAUGGAGGAGACAUGUUCGAUUACAUAAUGAAGCACGAGGAGGGACUUAAUGAAGACUUGGCCAAGAAGUACUUUGCUCAGAUAGUUCAUGCCAUAUCUUAUUGCCAUAAACUCCAUGUGGUUCACAGAGACUUAAAACCCGAGAACGUGGUCUUCUUUGAAAAACAGGGUCUUGUAAAGUUGACAGACUUUGGUUUCAGCAACAAGUUUCAACCAGGGAAGAAGCUCACUACAAGCUGUGGAUCUCUUGCAUAUUCUGCACCAGAAAUUCUGCUUGGUGAUGAGUAUGAUGCACCUGCGGUAGAUAUAUGGAGUCUGGGAGUGAUCCUUUUCAUGUUGGUGUGUGGGCAGCCACCAUUUCAAGAGGCCAAUGACAGUGAAACAUUGACAAUGAUCAUGGAUUGCAAAUAUACAGUACCAUCCCACGUAUCUAAAGGGUGUAAAGACCUGAUCACAAGGAUGCUGCAGAGAGAUCCCAAGAGAAGGGCCUCUUUAGAAGAGAUUGAAAACCAUCCUUGGCUUCAGGGAGUGGACCCUUCCCCAGCCACGAAGUAUAACAUCCCCCUCGUGUCAUAUAAAAACCUCUCGGAAGAGGAGCACAACAGCAUCAUUCAGCGCAUGGUGCUCGGGGACAUAGCGGAUCGGGAUGCCAUUGUCGAAGCCCUGGAAACCAACAGGUAUAACCACAUCACAGCCACUUACUUCUUGCUUGCCGAAAGGAUCCUGAGGGAAAAGCAAGAGAAAGAAAUACAGACCAGGUCUGCAAGCCCUAGCAACAUCAAGGCCCAGUUUAGGCAGUCAUGGCCAACCAAAAUUGACGUGCCCCAGGACCUUGAGGAUGACCUCACGGCCACUCCUUUGUCCCACGCGACUGUCCCUCAGUCUCCUGCUCGGGCUGCCGACAGUGUUCUCAACGGCCACAGGAGCAAAGGCCUGUGUGACUCGGCUAAGAAAGACGACCUCCCCGAGUUGGCCGGGCCCGCGCUGUCCACGGGGCCACCUGCCAGCCUGAAACCCGCAGCCAGUGGGCGGAAGUGUCUGUUUCGGGUGGAGGAAGACGAAGAGGAAGACGAGGAGGACAAGAAGCCCAUGUCCCUCUCAACACAGGUGGUUCUGCGCCGCAAGCCGUCAGUGACCAACCGCCUGACGUCCAGGAAGAGCGCCCCGGUCCUCAACCAGAUAUUCGAGGAGGGGGAGUCGGACGACGAGUUCGACAUGGAUGAGAACCUGCCUCCCAAGCUGAGCCGCUUGAAGAUGAACAUUGCUUCCCCGGGGACGGUCCACAAACGCUACCACCGCAGGAAAAGUCAGGGCCGCGGCUCCAGCUGCAGCAGCUCGGAGACCAGCGACGACGACUCGGAGAGCCGCCGGCGCCUGGAUAAAGACAGUGGCUUCACCUACUCCUGGCACCGCCGGGACAGCAGCGAGGGGCCCCCGGGCAGCGAGGGCGACGGCGGCGGCCAGAGCAAGCCGAGCCGCGGCGGUGGGGGCGCGGACAAGGCCAGCCCCAGCGAGCACAGCGCUGGCGGGGGCGGCCCCGCGGGGGGGUCGGGCGGCGCCCCGGGCGGCACGUCAGGCAGUGCCCGCCGCUGCGCCGGCCCCGGCUCCUCCACGUCCACGCAGCUGGCGGCGCGCGGCGCCGGGGAGCUGGUGGAGAGCCUCAAACUCAUGGGCCUCUGCCUCGGCUCCCAGCUGCACGGGAGCGCCAAGUACAUUAUCGACCCGCAGGGCAGCCUGUCGUUCUCCAGCGUGAAGGUCCAGGAGAAGUCCGCCUGGAAGAUGUGCAUCGGCUCCGCAGGCGGUGCGGCGCCCGCCCCAGCCGUGGGCGGCAUGAAGUUCUUCUCCGACCACGUGGCGAACACCACCGUGGAGUUGGACCGGAUAAAGAGCAAGAAUCUGAAAAACAACGUGCUCCAGCUACCUCUGUGCGAAAAGACCAUCUCUGUGAACAUCCAGCGGAACCCCAAGGAGGGGCUGCUGUGCGCCUCCAGCCAGGCCAGCUGCUGCCACGUCAUCUGACCUCGGUGCGCUUCCUGCUCAGAGCGGCGAAGACCGGCUCACUUCACUGGUCCCUUUUCGGUUUUCCUCUUUUAAAGCGGGCAAUUAUUUAUUACUUUUUCAUUUGUUCGCCUGACGACUUGACAAAUGCAUGGUCUUUGUGCAUGCUGCUAGACACGCCUUUUUUUUUUCCAGCCGAAAAGUCUUGUGUAAUUUUUACAUUUAUAAUUUUAAUGUGGAUGAUCAGGAUUAAAUUAAAAUGUAUAUUUGGAACCUAAUAUAAAUGGAGCACUUAGAAAUUUGAUGUUCUGCACUUAACCUAGAGAGAGAAAAAAUGAUUUUCCUUGUGAAAAACCUAAAUUCCUGCUCCGACCUUCUGUGACAUGGAACCUCCGUGAUCUGAGGCACACUCUGGUGUCUGAGGCAGAACCAAAGCAAUAACGUUGUGAUGCCAUCAGGCCUAGAGCCCGCGAGCGUGCCGCGCGCCCCCAGAUGCCAGGGCCUGUGCAGAGUACAGUGAGCGUCUGCACUGACAACCUUAAAACCAUGAUUUCAACAUACCCACACCUGUUUGUCUUAAGCUAUAGUGUGAAAACAGUUUGGGCUCUUAAAAUUUAACUGAAAAAGAUUUUCUUGUUUUGUAAUAGGUGAGAUCAAGUACUUAGAUUUAUAAGGCAGCUUCCCCGUAGAGGUAAAUCACAAGCAGACAAUCUCAUUUUGUAAUGUGAUAAAGUGAACUGAUGAUGUCUUAACUCUACUUACAGAGUGUGUGUCUGUCUAACAGAACAAAACGAUGCUUGGUGUUAAUUCCUUCCUGGAGGGCACACCCCAGAGUUCCUUUAUAACCACAUAGAUAGAAGAAACUAUAGGGCCUAAUAUAGAAGCAAAGGUGUACCCAGAUGUUGGCAAAGUCAAAACCCCAUAAAUUAAAAAAAAAGAUUAUUGGCAUAUGAUUUUUAGGAGUUUGAUAAUUAGGUUGUCUCUUUUGUUAACUUCCAUUCUUUUACGUCUUUUAGCUCAGCUACCUAUGAAAAUUGGCUGAUUAAAAAGUAUACAUAAAAGGGUAAGAAUUCACACAUAAAGCAAGCAAAAAUGCACAAAGCCUGCUUUGUUUUUUGUUUUUUUUUUUUGCUGGAAGUGUUUUUCACUUUGCCUUCCUACAAAAACAAUAAUCAAAGAACUUUUGCUUUAAACUAUUCCUGUACAAAGACUACUUUUGACCAGAUAAUCAUCUUUCGUGGCUUUUAUCUUGUAGGACACAGUAUCAUUUUGGAAGGGGACCAGAUGCUACUUUUUCAUGCUGUGCCCAGGGGGUCUUAAAAGCAACACUUAGGGACAUUGGUGAUAGGAUGUGGCUGGGCCCCAGGGCCUUCCCACACUCAUCAGCCUCCUGUCGUGUGUCUGCAGUGACAGUUGCCUGGUCCAUAGAGUGGGCAGAGCACCAAAGGACAGCAUUCCAUUGGUCACGGUUUCUCCAAGUACACACUGACUCUGCUCCUUUAGGAUUCAUAUGUUUUACUCAGAACUCUGAAUUUCACAGUAUACUUACUAAACUAAGUAAAGAUGAUAGUCAAAAUACUUAUUUUAAUUUCUAGACCUAGGCUAGAUACGUUUUAAGCUACAGCUCUAGUUCAUUGUGAUAUUUAUAAUUGAGAGCUAUGAGGAUAGGUGUGUGGGUGAAGCCAUAGAACAUAUUUGCUUGAAAUUCUUGAGCAGGGAUCUUAUAAAGGGCCAGAAAUAAGAUGUGUGGUUCACAUAGAUAGUGAGCGUAACAUCUGUAUUAAACGUAGGAGAGAAGUUUAUAAAGGGCAUUGGCAAUAAACUCUUUGUUGCAGCUGUUUUCCAAGUAAUGUAAAUACUU